GAUGAGUCAAUCUCCCUUAGCCCCAGCUCAGGGCCAGAUUCCGAGCUUCUGCUGUUGCUGCAUCUGCUGCUCCUGGAGGGCGCCUGGGAUGCACUUGGCUGUGAGUGUCUAAAGGUCUGUCAGUCAUCACGGAGUGCCGGACAGAGGAGCAGGAAUGUUGCGGAUUUCUUAUACUACAAGUUUACUUUUGCCUUUAUUGUGGUUAGGAGACGCAGGGACGACCCAGGAACGUGAGUGUCGUGGCAUCUGGAGGCCGGGAUGGGGAGGGGAAGGAGGUGAAAGGGGCUUCAUGCAUGUUUCAAGCAAGUGGGUGCAUGACCAGGUCCUCUAAAGGGUAUAAGGUGUGGUACAGGUGGACUGUCUCCACGGGGUUCUGGUCACACACAAUUCCCAGGUGACCCCACCCUAAGACCCAUGCCUUAUACUACCCUCACAUGUCGCAGCUCUCCGUCUUCUUCCAGGUCCUAGCUUUUUCUCCAGGAAGCCUUUCUGAAUACCCAGGACCCAUCAUGAAUUUGGCAUGUGUCCUAUGGGGUCUUUCUUUCCUUUCUGUCAAAAGUCCUAGGUGUCCCUCUAGAUGUGAAGUCCUGAGGAGACAAAUAGUGUCUUGUAUUUUCAUACUCAGCACUUGGUACAUGUCACUAAAAGCAUCUGUCAGAUGAACCCUCCUGGUAACAGUAUGUGCACCUGGGGGCGAUGGUCCCAUCAGAGUAUUUUACUACCUCAGACAGUUAAAGGCGUUACAGGACUAAGGAUGCAGAAGAUGAGGGGGCUGGAUUCAGACCCCUCCCUCAGCAGCCAGGUCCUUCAGGGGGGCUCCCCAGGGCCACACCUGCAUUUUCCUCUCGCAGGUGCUCACUCUCUUUACAUCGACUUCACUGUCACAUCACAGCACAGACCUGGACAGCCCUGGUGUGAAGUCCAGGGCUCAGUGGAUCAAAGGCCUUUCUUUCAGUACAAUAGUAACAGCAACAAGGUCAAACCUCUGGGUCACCUGGGGGAAAAGAUAAGUGCCACCAAAACAUGGACAGGAUUGACCCAAACGCUGGGAGAAGCAGCAAACGAGCUCAGGAUGAUCCUGUCUGUCGUAAAACUGGAGGAAACCGGGAAGAGGGGUGAACACAGUGGACCUGAUGGGACUAAAGGGCAAGUCAUGGAGACAGUACAGGCCCCUAACUGUGCAGAGACACACUUGACCUACUGGGAGAUGGUGGUGCUCUCAAGGGUCAGGAUGACAUCUGUUUGUGGGAUUGCAGGUCCUCCCACCCUGCAGGCCAGGAUGUCCUGUCAGUGUCAGGCGGAACGAUGCACUGGUGCGUCCUGGCAGUUCAGCUUCAAUGGACAG